AAACUUUUACAACUUUCGUAACUUUCCAACUUCCAUUUCGCAAUACCAUUUUGGUGUAUUCGCCAUAUUUUACCACCAUGGCGUCGACGCCAAUGGACCUCGAUCUCCCCGACUCUUCAUCUCCCGCCAAUGGCACUCCGUCCACGUCGCUCAACAUCACUCGUACUCUGGGUACGGGAGUGCCUAGUACCUUAACCACCACCGAAGUUAUCGCGAAUUAUAGGCCUACUAAGCUAUUUAAAGGCGGUGACCAGAAAGAUGGACGCUCACAACAUUACGUUCUCAGUCUCGACUAUGAUGACCCCGGCGAGCUCUUGAUGACAUCCGAGAGCAACGAGACAAUCCAGAUUUACAAGGUACGAGAGGGUAAACACGACAAGCAACUACUGAGCAAGAAAUAUGGAGCCAAGCUUGCGAAGUUCACCCACAAUAGCUCGAGUAUCAUCUACGCAAGUACAAAACAAAAUGAUGCGAUCCGAUACUUGACAACCCAUGACAAUACCUUCUUACGAUACUUUGAGGGCCAUACUGCUGCGGUUACAUGCUUAGCGAUGCAUCCUGGCCACGAUGAUUUUAUCUCAUGUAGCAAGGAUAACACGAUUCGGUUAUGGAAUGCUGGAACUAAAAAUGAGACCGGGAUGUUGUAUCUCAACUUUCCAUACCUUGCGGCUUGGGAUCCGAGCGGACAAGUCUUCGCGGUAGGAUCGCCUACCACAGGCUCCGUGUUGCUCUACGACCAUCGCAACUUCGACAAGGCGCCUUUCGCAGAAUUCGACGUCAUGGAAUCAGUCUCCCCCGUAACUACAAAUAAUACCCUGCAGGGCUGGACCAAGCUAGAAUUCGCAAAUGACGGACGCUCCAUCUUGCUAGGCACGAAGGGCGAGGGUCAUUUCCUCUUGGACUCGUUCAACGGCACCCUCAAGGCCUUCCUACAUAAAGGCGAGGGCGGCACCAGCAGAUUAGGUGCCGGGGAAGAGUAUAUGACCAAUGGCGGCGGACCAAACGGGGGUCACGUCGAGGGUAGUGGUGACUGUUGCUUCACCCAAGAUGGAAGAUACGUCAUCGGCGGCACGAAGAAGGGUGCUGUCGUGUGGGACACUCUAGGCCAGACUUCCGAAAAUAUUCUAGAACCGAUCCACGUACUAGAGGACGAGAGGCCGGCCGCGGUAAUCGCCAUGAACCCUCGGUUCAACUUCUUCGCAUCGGCGGACCAAGAUUUGGUGUUUUGGUUACCGGAUCCACAUGCUUAGGGGGCAGACCCAGACAGAUACCUAGUCUUGGUCCAUGAUAUGAUGCGAUAGAUAUUUCACAAUCAUUACUGCCGCGGUAGGUGAGAAGUUGGAAUCUGGCCUGUCACAUCUAUACAAUACAGGAGGGGAAUAUUGCGGUUCACUACCUACGGAAGAUACCCAUUUGCAUUGUUGGUGGCGUACAAAAUGGCAUCGUUUGAUUGCUUGAUUUCUCUAGAAAUGGAAUUCUGAUUCGUAUAAUAAUGUGCUUGAAAGUGAAGGGAGAAGAACAUUUAAUGAAUAAGUCAAGCCUAUUAAGUGAGAUAUGUAAUUAUCCAUAUUGAAUUUAGGAUGAGGCUGGAAGCUACCCCGCGGUCCUGCAUAGAGCUCCCAAACUAAUCCCUGUUUACGCCCCACGCUUACCGAUA